AUGGCGAGAUGGCUUAUAGCAGAAAAUAACUGGGGAACAGUGAGCACGACCAGCAUACACCUUAAAGGCACUGCUUUUGGGAACUUGGUGUCUUAUGCUGACGGGCCCAAAGGAAACUCAACAGGGCGGUUGUUGUUCUACCUGACCCCGAUGGAUGCCACAGCUACUGAUCUAGCGCAGUGUCACACUUCCGAGCCAACCCCUCCAUUACUGCCAAAGAAGUCACGUACCUUUGGGGGGAUCAUUCAUGACCCGACCUGCGCCAAGGUGUCAAUCUCUGGGCCAAUGCGGAUUGUGCCGAAGCACGAGCUUGAUGCUGCAGAGGAGCUGCUUUUCCAGCGGCAUCCCCAAAUGAAAAAUUGGCCGAAAGGGCACAACUUCAGCGUGUGGGAGCUGCAUGUGGCAGCAGUGCGGCUGUUGGAUUUCUAUGGGGGUGCGGCAGUGGUACCGCCAGAAGACUACUUUGCUGCCAAGCUGCAGCUGCAGAGGAGAGGCGAGAGCGUGGCGUAA